CGAGGAGUGGCGUGGCGGGGCGAGAACUUGAAUCGCUGACGCGAUAGCUGAUCCGUUGAACGGAAAGCGGUCCACGGCUGUCGUUGUGCUUCCAAGCGACGAUUGCUAGCACCUAGACGGCUCCUACCAGCGGCCAGUUGUUCGCUUAGGUACUACCUUUAUGAACCGGAUCAGACCGCGCAAAACGAACAAGACCCUUGGGGCGGGCGCACCCCAUUCCGAGUUGCUCCGUCACUCAUCCAAGAGACUGGCCAAUGCAUGGGCGACUUCAAAGUGACAGCAGACCCGGGCUCAGCGCAUCAGCUGAUGCUGUUCAGCACGGCUCGCUUCUCCAGAAGGCUGGCGAGCGCCGCGGCAUGGGGGGGAAGCGGGGGGGGGGAUUGGUGGCGAGACGAGUGUGGCGAUGGCAGCAGCAGCAGGGGCAGCGCUCGUCGAUGCUGAGCGCAGAGGGCGGCGCAACGGCGGCGGGUCGUUGCAUCUCACCACGGGCUAACCACCGCCGCGUGGCGCUCCUGCGCGCGCUUCUCCCGCUCCUCGCGCUGCUGCUCGCACCCGCUCGCCUCGCGCCUCUGCCCCUGUGCUGCGCGCUGGGAGUGGCGGCGAGCCCGCAAGUGGUGGAGGAAGCAAGGCGGCUGUACGAGGCGUGGCAGGCGGCCUACAAUCUGACGGCCGGCGCCAUCAGCCCGCCUGCAGCGGUGUCGCUUCCAGCGUCCGUGCCGGCCCCGCCCCACCUGCAGGACUGCAGCGCGCGCACGGCCGCGAGAGAGGCGGCGGAGAGCCGCGGACCAGGGGGGGAGGAGCCGCCGUGGGCGCGAGGGGGAGAGUGCUGCGAGUGCGGGCCCCAGCCACCGUGGGUGCGAGGGUCGGACGCGGCCAACCUGGCGCUGACGCGCGUGGCGCAGCGGGACGUGUGGCGCAGCCAGUUCCCGGCGGCAGCAUGCGCGGGGCGGCGGCUGCUGGUGGUGGAGUGGGCGUGCCCGUACCACGGCACGGGGUCCAUGGUGCACGUGCUCAGCGGGCACCUCAGCAUGGCCGUGCGCGCCAACCGCACGCUUGUCGUUAAAGACAAGUCCUUCCACCGCGCUAAUAACGAUGCGUGCAGGGCCCUAGGUCAGGAGGGCGAGUGGGAGUGCUACUUCUUCCCCAUCUGCUCGCCUGACUGCCGUCGCCUGGCCAUGGCAGCGCUGGCCGCGUCCUCGCCCGCGGUGCCGUGGCUGUCGUCCAUGGCGGGCGACUGGGAGGCGCUGCUGCUCUCAGACACGCCCGUGCUCGCCUGCAAUGACUCCGGCUUCCAUGCCGACGUGCUGGCUAACAGGUUGUGGGGCCCACCUGCGUUUGAGAGGCCAGUGUCCUUGGAGGAGAUCAACCACACACAAGUGCCUGACAACAACAGAAACUGGGACCUCUUAUUCCUGCAGGAGUUCCGCUGGUGGCGGGCGCAGGUGACGCGCUUUCUCUUCCGCUGGCCCUCGCUGCACCUGUGCCACUUCAUCAACCGCGCGCGCCACGAGGCGUACGGCCACUCCGUCGCGCUGCAGGUGGCAGCAGCAGCGGCACAGCAGCAGAGCAUCCUGGCUGCUGCCAGCAGCAGUGCAGCGGGCAACGGCGGUGUGGGGAUGGCGGCAGGGGGGGCCAUGAGUGAGGGGGAGCGGCAGUACUUGGCGUCAGUGGGUGCUGUAGCGGCCAGCGGCGGUGGUUUGGCGCAGGAGAGUUGGCCCAUGGCAGGCUUUGCUGCUUGCGCCACAUGCAGUGACGCUGCUCAAGUCACUGCUGCUCAGGAUAGCUCCAGCCCUGCCGGCAGCACCACCACCUGCAAUGGCAGCAGCAGCAGCAGCGGCGGUGGCAGUAGCAGCGGUGGUGGGGCAUGGGGCGGCAACGAGUACGGGUUGGUGCAGGACGAACCGUUCAUACCGCGGCCGUACAUGAGCCUGCACGUGCGGCUGAGCGAUAAGGGCUCCGAGAUGCCCCUGCGCUUCUUCCCCUCGUUCCUCUUCUUCGCAUACAAGCUGCGCGCCCACGUGCCCUCCCUGCACCACGUGUGGCUCUCCUCUGAGAUGCAGUUCAUAAUCGACAACGAGGCCCCCCUGUACCCGGACUGGACAUUCCUCUCCACCAGGAGCAGCCGUGUGGGCGACGCACAGGAGAUGGCGGACCAGGUGCAGUUCACCCGCCAGCGCGACAUGCCCUUCAUCUUCGCCAACCUCGUUAUAAGCUCGCAGGCCGAUUACUUCGUGGGCGCGCACGCGUCCAACUGGAACCAGCUCAUCAACGAGUUGAGACAAACUGGGGGUCGCUUGCAUGCUGGGUACCUUGCGCUCAACGACGCGUGGUAGUAUUCCACAGAGGUGCUUUCUUGGGGAAUGCAAAGGCGGAAGUAGCAGCGCACUGAGAAAAGGGUUGUCAAGCAUAUUAUUUUGUUAUGCACUUGUCAUCUUCGGGGACAGUAUGCACUAGCUGGGCCCAACAUAGGUACGUUGUACAGAGCUGUGAGGUCACUUGUAAUACCGCG